AAGAAUUGAUUUUCAGCGAGCAGCUGAGUUGGUGAAAAUCGGCCAUUUUCCGAUAAACAAAUCUAGUAAUUUUGUAAAUUUUUUACGAUGCGCGUUAUUUAUUUCUGAUACGAAACUAUGUUAGGGCAAAUAGUAAUGGUGUGCUUUUUAAUUUCGAUCUCCUUCGGUACGGAAUUCGUAGUGAGUAAGGUUGUCGAAAAGAGGAGUGACAUAGAUUUGCAAACGUGUAUAAAAAAUUUUGAGGUUCACAAGGACAAAAUUAUUCGAACGCAAGAUUCGAAAAAUAUGGGCGCUAAAUAUAUUAACGAAAUUGACUUGGGUUCGAGAGUGGAAUGUUUGAGAUUAUGCUGUGAGACUGAAAACUGUGAUGUGUUCGUCUUUGAAGAAAAGAAUGCCGGAAGUUGUUACCUUUUUCAAUGCGGUCCGCCCGAAGACUUUAAAUGCAAAUUUACGCAUCACGCCAAUUACUCGAGCGCGAUAUUGGGAGUCAAUCGGCACGUACCCGAUCUGGAAAGUCAAAUUAAAUUGACGAAGCACGAAAAGGAGCUGGCAAAAUUAAGCUUCAGAAAAUCACAGCCCGAAGGCGAUGCUGAGAAAAACAAAAGUCCAGAAAUUAAAACAACUCCAUCCACGACAACAAUAACAGAGGUGAAGGUCGCUCCUGUUUCGCCAACCAAGCCAAUAUUGGUCGAAAAUACCGAUACCACUAAGUGCAGUAGGUACCAAUUCGAAUGCCGAUCUACAAAAGAAUGCAUCGCCAUUUACAACGCUUGUGAUGGGAUACCACAGUGUGCAGACGGAAGUGAUGAAGGACCCGAAUUAGAAUGCCCAGAAGCGCUCACUACACCACAGCCUACACGCGUUCGUCAAAGUCAGCUAGCAUACGAAGACACCAACGGAAACAUGAACCGGCCGAUAGUACCACAGCAAUAUCCAAAUCAAAAAUUUUAUCCACCCACGAAUCCACAACGCGAACUACCUAAUCUGUCGCCUCCGCAUUCACAAAGGCCGGAAUCCGACUUUCUCAGGCCGGAUGUGAGAGCGGGAUUUAUUCCACGUCCAGCACCGCCAGCCUAUGAGUCUCCGAAUCUACCACAAUAUCAGCAAAUGCCACCGCCAGCUCAAAGCAACUGGUUACCGCGCCAACCGAAUCAAAUACCUCAGCCUUAUCAACCAUUUGAAGAUAGAAAUAGCCAUAUAUUUAAUCACAAAGAGAACGGAUUGCAAGUCUCAGAAGGACAAGACCUAAGGUAUAAUAAACAUAAAGGAGCUUUGCAGGUUUUGCAUCGAGCUCUCGGAUAUUCCAGUGCAGGUCAAACACAGUAUCCAGAUAAUUCCGCAAAAGAUGCUCCAAGGAUUGGCAGCUAUUUGGACGAAGUGUACCGACAAAAUUCACAAUAUCAGGAGAAGUGGCCGAAAGCAGUUCAAGAUGAUCGGUUUGGUAAUAGAAACCAGUAUAUGCCAGACAUGGGGCAAAAUCGUUUGGACAGUUGGCCACAACAGAAUAUUCCCGUACAGCAAGGUCCAGUUCCCGAAAAUAACGAGAGGAGUAAACUAUACUUGCAAGAGGAAACGCCAGACACUUGGAAGGCGGAGAAGACACUAAAAACCCCCCACGCGGAUCACGAACAUGAGAAAAUGGCCCAUGAACUAAAACAAUCAAAAAAUUUGAUGGAAAAGGCGUCGGACACCGCGCAAAUUAAAAUAGAAAAAAUCAAAACGCAUACCCAUGAACAUCUCGACGCCCAGUAUCCCAAAGUAGCUGCCUACAAGGUUGCGGAGGUACUAGAUCUGCAGGAUGGUAUCACGGAAACGCCCGGCGGAGCUGUACUAUCAUUAACUUUAGGUCUAAUAAUAACGUGUGUAAUGGCCUUACUCAUUGGAUGUCGACUAAGGGUGGUACGAAGACGACUGAGGCGAGGAGGCAAAUCGUAUGCUCACGACGCAGAUUAUCUAGUAAAUGGAAUGUACUUGUAAUUAUGGAGAAAUUCGUAAAAUUCAAUGGGUGAAUCACGCAAGCUUCAAAUUUCAAAUUGGUACCUGUCUGGUUGCACUUUAAUGUAGGUCUAUGGAAAUGGCCGGAAACGAUGUCGAUUGAUAAAUUGUUAAAGAUUGUCAUUUUAAUGAAAAACUUGCUCGCCAUUUUUGUAAAACGAGCCUUAGAUUUUAGCUGCUUUUUUAUUUAAUUAUGAGAGAAGAGGUCAAAGCAUCAGCGCAAUGGAAUACGAAUUCUAAUGAAAGAUUGUCUUCACGCAUACACAGCCAUUAUAACCCCUAAGUUGUGAAGCUUUAUUAAUUAGGUACUGCGUAUUACUUUAGUUGGAUUCUGCUUAAAACCAAAGUAGGUUGUAGCUACAGGACGUGGAUUUGUGUUUUGGGUACUAAUCAACAACGUUUGACAUUUUUUUAUUUGCAUUAGGCCUCAAUUACAACAGAAUUGUGAUCAUUUAGACUUUAAUUGGCCAGCAUUUUCAACAUCCAGCAAGACGAAUGCUGUAAUGGUGAAAAGCCAUCUGAAUAUCAUGGUUCAUUUUUGCUUUAAAAUUGAUGUUCCUAAAUUGUAACUACACUCUACGUGACAAAAACAGGGUGUAACAAGUAUGUCCAAACAAUUUCGUGGCUCAUUUUUCUAAAUAAGCCAUCAAGGGUCCAAAUGUUUUGUUUGGGAAGUAUAUUUUGGACCCUUGAUCUAUUUGGAAAAAAAUGCUUGUAUUGGUAUUCUCUGCCACAGAAUUUUUUAUGGCAUGCUUUCUGUUAUACCUAUUUUGUAUUUGUGCAAAUAUAGUAUAUUACUUCCUCCUACCAUUUAUUAUGUUAUGCAGGGAUAGCCACUAUUUAAGUAGAUUGUCAUACCUAUGUACCUACAUUACGCACCUUGCUAGAUUUUCAGGUGUUGUAAAUAAUUUAAAUAAUCGCUGGUGUUGUUUAUGGAACAACUGAUGCAUACUUUUGUAUCUACCAAAUCUUGUUGAUUAUUAAUCACACUAAAUCCACCCACAAUAGCUCAUUAUAGAUGAAAGUUGAAGCUAUUAAUAUUUAAUGGCUAUAAAUAUUUGUAAAGGAAAUUUAGUAGGUAGGUACAUAAAUAGUAUAACAUUUUAUAACGUGUAGAAAUUAUUUAUUUAAUAAUAAAUAAAUAUCGUUACGAAAUUGUAAUUUUGUUAAAUUAUACUUAUCUAUAUGUUGUAUGUGUAGGUACUAUGUUUGAUAUUUGUAUAAGCUAAAGUAUGUAUACCAAGAUCAUGCAGUCAAAAUUAUACUAUGCUAGACGAUCAACUGCCCAAUUUCAUAAACAUUGAUUGAAAAGAUAAAUCUUAAGCAGCCUUUCUAAAUCGAGGGUAAAAUCUGGAGCCGGAAUUACAAACCUUGCUUUCGUGCGUUAUGAGAUUUUGGUCUAUAUACUGUGUUGGAGUUUGUUUUAAUAAUACUUUGAAUUUAAUCACCGAUGUGUUAAUAUUAUAGAAUUGACAGUUUUAAUAAAUGUAUAUUGUUUGA